CUCGCAUCUCUCUCCCUCCACCAUAUAUUAUUUUUCUUCUUUCUUCUGAAUCAGCUUACCAACUCUUUCAGCUCCGUGAAGUCCUUCCUCACCACAACUUGCUCUCUUUUUCUCCUACCAAUUUUGCAGAUUGUGAAGUUUGAACUCUGGGAGUGAUGAAUAGGCCUAAAGUACAGCGUCGUGUUGGUAAAUAUGAGGUUGGAAAGACUAUUGGACAAGGCACUUUUGCUAAAGUUAGGUAUGCUAAGAACACUGAGACUGGAGAAUCUGUUGCUCUUAAGAUUCUUGAUAAAGAGAAGGUUCUCAAAAACAAGAUGUCUGAACAGAUAAGGAGAGAAAUCUCUACUAUGAAGCUCAUAAACCAUCCUAAUGUUGUGCGUCUCUAUGAGGUUUUGGCGAGCAAGACAAAGAUAUACAUUGUCCUAGAAUUCGGCGUUGGUGGAGAGCUUUUUGACAAAAUUGUACAUGAUGGGCGCUUGCAAGAAGAUGCAGCACGGAAAUAUUUUCAGCAGCUUAUCAAUGCAGUUGAUUACUGCCACAGCAGAGGAGUGUACCACAGAGACUUAAAGCCGGAAAACUUGCUUCUAGAUGCUCAAGGAAAUCUGAAAGUCUCUGAUUUUGGAUUGAGUGCCUUGUCCAGACAAGUCAGGGGAGAUGGUCUUCUUCACACUGCAUGUGGAACUCCAAACUAUGCUGCUCCUGAGGUUCUUAAUGAUCAAGGCUAUGAUGGAGCAACCGCAGACCUGUGGUCCUGUGGAGUGAUACUCUUUGUUCUACUUGCUGGGUAUCUGCCUUUCGAAGAUUCUAAUCUCAUGACGCUGUAUAAAAAGAUAACAGCUGCUGAGUAUAAUUGUCCUCCUUGGCUCUCUCCUGGUGCCAAGAAGUUGAUCGACAAAAUCUUGGAUCCAAGCCCGGUGACUCGUAUCACAAUUCAAGAGAUUCUGGAAGAUGCGUGGUUCAAGAAAAACUACAAACGACCCAUUUUCGAGGAGAAAGAAGAAGCAAACUUGGAUGAUGUGGAAGCUGUUUUCAAGGACUCAGAAGAGCAUCAUGUCACAGAAAAGAAAGAGGAGCAACCAACUUCUAUGAAUGCCUUUGAGUUGAUAUCAAUGUCGAGAGCUCUGGAUCUCGGAAACUUGUUUGAAGAAGAAGAGGGAUACAAGAGAGAAACACGAUUUGCAGCAACAGGCGCUGCUAAUGAAUUAGUACAGAAGAUUGAAGAAGCUUCUAAGCCUCUUGGUUUCGAUAUUCAAAAGAAAAACUAUAAGAUGAGACUUGAAAACGUGAAUGCAGGAAGGAAAGGAAACCUAAAAGUGGCCACUGAGAUAUUUCAAGUAUCACCGUCUCUUCAUAUGGUAGAAGUCCGGAAAACUAAAGGGGAUACAUUAGAGUUUCAUAAGUUCUACAAGAAACUCUCAACCACACUUAAUGAUGUGGUUUGGAAAUCUGGCGAGAGCUCUGGUAAAAACAACAAAUAAGAAAGAAGAAAAAAAAGACUGCUUCAACUCUGUUUGGUCAUAUUCUGUAUUAUCUUUUGUUUCUUUAUUUUGGACUCAAAUUCUUUUGAACAAUUAGAUGAUGACAUGCAAAACCAUGAGCUUUGACUCUGUACAUAUCGAAGGAUGUGUAGUAAGGUGUUUGUUAUAUAUAUAUAUUUACUCUUCGAUUGUAGAAAUGGAACAUUCAUGUUGCUUGUUUUGCUGUUUACUGGAUGAGUAAACCAAGGAAAGAUGUUGAAAAGCAAGUA